UCCCUCCUUUACCUCUCCACCUCAAUCACCCUCCUUUCCCUCCUCUCUUCUUUUCUCCUCAGUCAAUUCUUUCUUCCGCCUAUGUGCGUCCUCUCUAGCCUUCCCCAUAGUUGUUGUUGCCGCCCUCGUUGCUUCCCACCACCAUUGUUGCUUCCCCCUCCUCCCUUCUUGCAGUUCUCCCUCGCCGAUUUCAAAGCCGCCACCAACAACUUCACCUCAGACUUCAUCGUCUUCGAGAGCGGGUAGAAAGCCCCCAACGUCGUGUACAAGGGUCGCCUCCUGAACAGCCGGUGGAUUGCCGUCAAGAAGUUCACCAAGCUCGCCUGGCUUGGCCCUGAAUAAAGAAGUUGCCUCACCCCAUCGUUAAAUUCGACCACUCUCCACAGGUGUUCUGUGCUCCAAUCCGUGAAGAUCUCAGAUCUGAACAGGUUUUGUCUAUGCCAUUGAAUCUGUUCGAAUUCCUAGUGUUGGGUGUCGUGGCACAGCGAGUUGGGGUGCGAGGAGUACUAGAGGUUGAACAAGGACGAAAAGGAGAAGGGAGGUCUGAUGGUGAGGGAGCUUGCGAAGGAGCAGAGCUGGAACAGGUGCCCCCACUGCAGGUUUUAUGUGGAGAAGACGGAAGGUUGUCUACACAUCACUUGCAGGUAUUGGCAUUAAGAAGAUCAUACCUGCAUAGGGUGUUGGACUAUGAAGACGAAUUCUUUGCAUUGCUGAUGCUGGUUCUUGAAACUCAUAGCUUACGAACUGUUUGCAACUGUCACAACAUCAGCACAAUGUCACGCACUGUAGUUGGAUGCGGCUUUUGAUUAUUUUCUUCUUUUUUCUUUUGUUAUCUGAGCAGAUUAAAUUUCUGUAUUUUUAUUUGAAUUUGUAUAAUGCAUUUGUAUUUGAAUUUUGAAUUUUUUGUAUUUUUUUGUUAUCUGAACAAAUGGAAUUUCUGUAUUUUAAUUGAAUUUGUAUAAUGUAUUUGUAUUUGUAUUUGAAUUAGAAUUUUGAAUAAUUUAUGAAUUUUUUAGUAA